UGAAUGCUGCAGUGCGAACUACAGCCGCAAUAAAGUUAACCCGAUUUUCGCACAAGAACAUUUCCGCUCGUACGUCUAUAUGAUUUAAUUGAAUUAAAAAGUCGUCGGAUUCCUCGCUCGUCGAUAGCAAGAGGUGUUUCUACAUGAAAUUGUUAAAUUGGUUUACGCAGUGAUUUCGCGUGCAGCGCCAUCAACGCGUGAUAAGAUGAAUCGCGAGAAGCGGUUGCGAAGACUCUAGCACACAUUUGCGUGUGGAAAUUUAAUUAACACUUUGUUAAAGUGUUCCUUUUGGGGUUGCGCCAUAGACCCCAAACAGAUUUUUGAGAUCGGCUGCAAAGCCGAUAAUCACGAGACGGCGACGUGCGGAGAAAAUAGGAUUAAAAAUCGAUUUCGAGGCUUCUAGAAGAAAAGGCCAUCAAGAGAGGCGGACGAUCUGCCAGACUUUGCGGGGCGACGCGGGGAUAUUUUCAGAUAAUCGAACUUUCUUUUAGGGGAUCGUCAUCAAACAUGGCUGGGUUACCGCGAAGGAUUAUUAAAGAAACUCAGAGACUAAUGCAAGAACCAGUUCCUGGUAUUAGCGCUGUGCCAGAUGAUACAAAUGCUAGGUAUUUUCAUGUAAUUGUAACUGGACCUGAAGAUUCGCCAUUCGAAGGUGGACUUUUUAAACUUGAGUUGUUCCUACCAGAGGACUACCCGAUGUCCGCUCCAAAAGUUAGAUUUAUCACAAAAAUUUAUCAUCCAAAUAUAGACAGAUUGGGCAGGAUUUGUUUGGAUAUUCUCAAAGAUAAAUGGAGUCCUGCUCUUCAAAUCAGAACAGUUUUACUAUCUAUACAAGCACUUUUAAGUGCACCGAAUCCAGACGAUCCUCUAUCGAAUGAUGUAGCUGAACUGUGGAAAGUAAAUGAAAGUGAAGCAAUACGUAAUGCCAAAGAAUGGACUCGGAGAUAUGCUAUGGACAACUGAUCUCAAAUUAUCCACAAUGCAAAGUGACAUUACCCCUAUCUUUCCGAGUUUACCAAUCACUUUACCCGCACCAGCUGCGUACCCUGCACCUAUGUCCACAAUUUUGCUAUAAAAAUAAUAAAAGUUUUGUAAGAGUAAACAGAAUGAAACUGUAUUUUCUAUAUUGCGGGGAAUACAAAGAUGUCGUGUUUAGAUUUCUUCGAUGGUUUGGCAGGCAGACUAGUAUAGAAUCUUUUAACAGUAAGAAGAUUCUAACCUCAGAAGGAAUAUAUAAUUUUAAUGGAAUACUAGUUUCUACUUCAAAAAAUAUACCUUUGUAGUAAAAGUAAAUGAAUGUAGUAUGUUGCAUAAAUAUUUUUUUUAUAUGCGAUUACAGAAUGGCUUGUGCAAUCAGUAAUUUACAGGUUUCAUUUGGUACCUUUAAUGUAUCCCUGAAGCAAAGCAAAAGUACUGGAUCGUUCAUUAUAUUGUAAUCAUGUUCUGUAUUUCAUUAUGUCUACAAACUAGUUGUCUGAUAAUCUUGAUACAUUUAUCGUUUUCGCGAUUGUACAACAUCGCAUAAACUAUAUUUCAAUUAUUGAAUUAAUUCCAGAAAGUAUAAAAGUAUUGAAAUUUUUUGAGUAUGCGAGGUUGCAUUUUUAAAAUGUAUAGCUAUUAUAACAUUUAUAUAGUACAGUACAUUAUUUAUUAGCAUACUAUAAGAAAACUAUUUCCAUAUUUGCAGCAAAUUCUGAUUAAUUUGAAAUGAGAUAUAAUUUCUCCCAUUAUUAUGUUAAUCAACAUUUUUAUUGUGUAAAUAUAAAGAAUUAAGUGAGAAUCUCCAA